UCCUGAUAUGCAACGACAGAAUUUUCGGCCCCCGACUCCUCCUUGCCCCGGCCCGGGUGUAGGAGGUUGGGGUAGCGGGAACAGCUUCCGGGGUACCCCAGGCGGAGGCGGACCGCGGCCGCCCUCCCCUCGGGACGGGUACGGGAGUCCGCACCACACGCCGCCGUACGGGCCCCGGUCUAGGCCUUACGGGAGCAGCCACUCUCCAAGACACAGCGCCAGCUUCCCGGGGGGCCGGUUCGGGUCUCCGUCCCCUGGCGGCUACCCUGGCACCUACUCCAAGUCCCCCGCGGGGUCCCAGCAGCAUUUCGGCUACUCCCCUGGGCAACAGCAGACCCACCCCCAGGGUUCUCCAAGGACAUCUACACCAUUUGGAUCAGGGCGUGGUAGAGAAAAAAGAAUGUCUAAUGAGUUGGAAAGUUAUUUCAAGCCUUCAAUGCUUGAAGACCCUUGGGCUGGCCUAGAACCAGUAUCUGUAGUGGAUAUAAGCCAACAGUACAGCAAUACUCAAACAUUCACAGGCAAAAAAGGAAGAUACUUUUGUUAACAUUUCUGAAAUUCAACUGGAAGCUUCAUGUGUCAGGAACAUCUUGGACAAAACUUGUGUUAAUAAGUUGAACCCAAAGAUGAUGACUUUGAUUGAAUAAUUAGGGUCUUUUGGUAUUUUUUAUCAUAUCAAGUAUUGUUGAUUAGAAAAGAAGGUAGUUUUUGCAGUAUUUAGCUCUCUGGAAGUGCCUACCACAUUUUAGAAGAUUCACAGUUUCCAUAUACUUAACAUUCCUGGUUAUGUAAUGGACAUUUGUCUUUCAAUGUUUUUUCCAAUGUUUUAAAAUAAAACAUUUUGUCUU